ACGCAAACACUGCACAAUAACCAGCACCAAUAGUGCCACUCGCAAACGAUCUCGCUCAGCCCUGCAAGGCACACGGCACUCUGCUCCUUCAAAAGCACCAAGGACGGUCCCAGCAGGGACAGAGGCUACUGCAGCUACUGCAUUUUGGACUGGACCGUGUGAGUUGGCAGAACAGUCCCCCUUUGCCCUCAAAGCAUGAAACCACCGUUUCUACUGCAAGAGAUUGCCCAAGAGACAGUCUGACUGCGUACGACACCUGCGGCGAGCCCUGGGGUUGCUCUCAGGGCCGAGUGCCUUUUGGAGAGAUGCUGCUCAGCUCACAGAGCAGCACAGAGAGGCUCGUGUCAGACACGUACCUGGUUAAGCUCCUGGAAGGGAUCAGCAGCCUUCGCUCGCAGAGCGCGCUGUGUGAUGUAACACUGGAGGCAGAAGGGGUUUGCUUUCCAGCACACAAGAUCAUAUUAGCAUCAGCAAGCAAUUACUGUAAAAUCCUGUUUGUUGGAAACUUGACAAGAGCUGGAAGCCCUGACAGUAACGUCCAUCUGAAAGCUGUCAGUGCUGCAGGGCUGAGGAAUGUUCUCAACUUCAUUUAUUCCAACAAACUAGAGCUCUCAUUACAGAAUAUUGAAGAGACAUUCAAAGCAGCGGAAACCCUGUUCGUUCGGGAAGUGAUCAAGUUGUGCUUUCGAUUUCUGGAAGGCUGCUUGAAUUGUGAGAACUGCAUGGAAGUUCUCAACAUUGCUAAACGACUUGGUCCAGAAGAGUUGAGACAGAAAGCCAUGUGCUACGUGGGGCAGCAUUACAAACAGAUCCUGUCUGAUCCCCAGUGCUUGCAAGAUCUGGACAGAGGGACCCUUUGUGAAAUCUUAGACAGAAUUGACACCGUGGGAUGCAGCGAGCUGGAUCUGUUCAAAGCUGCUGUAAGCUGGCUGCAGCAUGACUGCACGAGACUGAAAGGUGCAGCAGAUAUUUUAAGGCGUAUACGAUUCCCUCUCAUUCCUUUGCGGGAUCUGCAGAAAUACAUCCAGGACAUUCCUCUUAUGAGGCUGGAUUCGAGCUGCCACAGGUACAUUCAGGAGGCUCUAAAUUAUCACUCCCAGCCGUAUGCCCAGCCAGUCCUGCAGACUCAGCACACAAGCCCCCGUUGCAGCUCCACUGCGCUGCUCGUCGCCGGUGGCAGAACCACCAAUAACCAUGUGUGCAGAGAGAUGUGGGCGGCAGAUCAGAGGUGCAGCUCCUGGCGCAAGGUCGGGGACCUCUGCAUGCCGGUGUACAACCACUGCGUAGCUGUCAUCAAUAACUUCCUCUUUGUCAUUGGGGGCCAGCAUCAAUUUGAUCCCACAGGAAAGCAGCCAUCAAAUGAGGUUUUCCGAUUUGAUCCUCGCAACGCUUCCUGGCUCCAGGUUGCCAGCAUGCUGGAGAGGCGAACGCGCUUCCACGCAGACGUGCUGUCUGACCACAUCCUUGCUGUGGGCGGUGGGACACUGCUGGGGAGCCUCACUCGAACCAUGGAGUUCUACCAGCCGGCUGACAACAAAUGGGAGUUUGCAGCUCCCUUCCCCAUACCUAUUGCUGAUCACGCAGGCACAAUCCACAAGGGAAUCCUCUAUGUUUCAGGGGGCUUCUCUGGUGGUAAAACCUUACGAGACACUUACAGCUACCUCCCUCGCCUCCGACGCUGGGUUGGUAACUGCGCCAUGACUUUCACCCGCUGUGAUCACGGGAUGGCUACAGUCAGAGACAGGAUCUUCUGCAUCGGAGGAAGAACAUUAAAUGCAGUGGAAGAAUGGAUUCACGUCAAUGAGACGGAAUAUUAUUGUCCAGUAAGCGAUCAGUGGACAACACUAACGAUAUCCCCAUUCAACUGCUGCCAGUUCAGCAUCACAGCCUACGAGUCUACAUUCUACCUUGUGGGAGGUGGGUCGCUGAAGCACAUGCAGAAGGAAGACAAUGUUUUCUUGUAUGACACUGUUGGGCGGGUAUGGAAGAAAGCCAGCUCCCUGCCUAAAGCUUUGGUUGAUCAUGCCUCUUGCAUGAUUAAACUGCCCCAAGUGAAAGAAGCCGACUAGGAGGGGAGAAGCAUGAAGUGUUCACCCACUGGCAGGAGGAGGAAGUCUACUCUCAGCUUGUUCAUCACAAACAAACAAGAGUCCCACCCUGCUUCCGAGAAGUAGGAUGUGAAUGUGUGAAGUGGCCCUGACAAUGUUUGCCAAGCCCUAUUAAGUAUUUUAAGAGCUCUCAGGUAUUUUAACAAACUCUACUAGCUCAUAGCCAAAACCUUAACCUGUAAUUUGGAAUUGGUAUGUUCCUUAGUGUUAUCGUGGUGAUACAAGCAGUUUGCAAGAAAGAAAAUUAGUUUCCAACCUUACUAAGCUGGGCCUAAACCCUUUUGUUAUCUUAGAAAUAAAAAAAAUAUACUGA